AUGGAGGGUUUUUUUCCCGGCCGUCCAUCUCUUUCAGCACAUCGCCGGAACACCGCAGUCGCCGGACUGCCAUCGCCGUCGCGUCGCGUCGCCGCAGUCAGCCGCAUCAUAGCAUCCUCACUGUCAGCUGACGCAAACCCCUUCGUCUUCUUCCGCCACCGCACAGCCUCCGUCCUCCUGCUCGCCGCCUCGUUUGUCAGCCGGCUUGACGCCUCAUCUCCGUCCGCAAGCACCAUCACAUGGAUAAUAGCAUGGCAACACAGUCUUGUUCUCAUAAUUGAAAAUGCCAAUGUCAUGGCCACCAAUUGGGUAAUACUCAAUCUUGCAAUCUUCUUGUGCAUCCGUGAAGUAAAUGGAAUUGGGGUUGAGCUCCGGGAACUCGGCUGCUGGCAAUGCGACCGCAUCGCUGUGGAAGCCGACAAAAAGAGCCCAACCACCCAAAGACGAACCCUCCACAUUCAAAUGAGUGAACCACGUACUGAGUCACCACGAGGAGAUCCUGCCCGGCCACUACCAGAUACUCCUAGUCCUCUGUCCUCGGUGACCUACUUCACAAAUGGGCUCUAA